AUCCUCUCUAAAAACCCUAGAAUACCUUAGGGCUAGCAGAAUAUAGCAGGGCCGAUUCUCUCUCUCAGCCGCACGCCCCCAUCGACCCCCGGAACCUUUUCAGCGGAGCUCAACAAUGGGUAUCGAUCUCAAAGCCGGCGGUAAGAGCAAGCAGACGAAGCGCACUGCGCCGAAAUCUGACGAUGUUUACUUGAAGCUUCUCGUGAAGCUGUACCGGUUUUUGGUGCGAAGGACCGGAAGCAAGUUCAAUGCUGUGAUUCUGAAGCGUCUCUUCAUGAGCAAGACCAACAAGCCUCCGGUUUCACUCUCCAGGCUCAUCACUUUCAUGUCUGGAAAGGAGGACAAAAUUGCUGUGUUAGUGGGCACUAUUACAGAUGAUGUUAGGGCAUAUGAAGUCCCAGCAUUGAAAGUUUGUGCACUGAGGUUCACCAAAACUGCAAGGGCAAGGAUUGAAAAAGCUGGUGGAGAAUGCCUGACAUUUGAUCAGUUGGCUCUUAGGGCUCCAUUGGGACAGAACACGGUUUUGCUGAGAGGUCCAAAGAAUGCACGUGAAGCAGUUAAACACUUUGGUCCGGCUCCUGGUGUUCCUCACAGUCACACCAAACCGUAUGUGCGUGCCAAGGGAAGAAAGUUUGAGAGGGCUAGGGGUAAAAGAAACAGCAGGGGAUACAAGGUUUAGUUUUAUAUAUCAAUAUCCGAGGAACUACCUAUUUAUGAUUUGUAUUGUGGACUUCAAAUUUUGCAAGACAAGUAUGAGUUUCUCUACGUAGGGUUCUUCCAUCUCUUUGAAUGGAUCAUCUUAAAUUGUUGCUGAAUGCAAGAUUUGUUCAAUUCAAGUUUAGAAAUUUGAUUUUAGGCCCUACU